UUGAGCUGCGGACGCAGCGAGUGAGAAGUAGGACUGCAGAAAGAAAUAAAACCCUGAAACUGCUGCUCUUCCUAAGCUAAAGCACACCCAGAGUCAAAUUUUCACGUCUUCUCCUUCGCAUAUAAGUCUUUUUAUUUGCAUUUUCAGGCCAAGGCUCCGCCACCGUAAUGUACGAGAAUGAAUGUUGGAGGAAGAUGUCAAAGCUAAGAGUUCAGCGAUGAUUUAUCAAUUAAUUUUCUCUCACCAAUCUUUGUUGUUAGAAGACGGCAUGAAUGAAAUCAAGGUUAAGUGUUCUGUAAAGGAAGGCAUGUGGACAUCAUCUGAUGCCAUGCGGAGACCCAUAUUUCAAUUCUCUAUGCUGCCACAUUCCCCAUAUCAACAAUAUAGAAACCGCAUGGCAAAGCUUAGAUCUCGUACUAGAAGAAGACCGAUCCCUCGCUUAUUUCAUUCAUGGAUGGGGAAUAGAACUCAACGAGUUCUUGUGCAAGAUUUAUUAAGAGAUGAAGGGAAGAUUGUAAAAUGCUGUGGCAGUGACUCUUAUGCAUCAGAGUUCAUCUUAAGUGAUUUCGAAAAGUCGAGUUCUAGAAGGAAAUUGGAUUUCGAUGAAAGUUUUUCAAAAAUAGACCAGGUUGUCGAAGAGCCCUGGAUCUUGCAGUCAACCCCUGUUUGUCACUGUGUUGCUGACUUAGAUAUUCCAAGUGAUGUAAAUAAUGAAGGAGAUGCUUUGAAGCACUUCAGUGAUGAUACUCAAGAGCCAAAAAUCUUAAAUCAAUCCAGACUCCGUGAUGAUUUUGAUCAUAAGUUCAAUUAUGACUUGAAUGAAAUAAACAGUUCUGAACGAUAUGAACCACUAUUAGCAAAUCAUCCAGUUGAGGAGCCUUGGAUUUUUGAAUCCUCGACCUGUGCAGUCCACUCUAUGUGCAAGACAGUUUCAAGUGUAUUCAAUAAUGAAUCUGAUAAAGAAGAUACUCAGUCACCACUUAGUGAGCAGCAACAGCAGGUACCUGAGAACCUGCUGCAUGGCGAAGAAAGCAAUAUGACGACUAAGGAGGAUCCUGUUUCCACUGUUAUAUUGAUCAAUUCUUCCAUAUGUACUGUUCAAAGGAUUGCUGUUCUGGAGAAUGAUAAGCUGGUUGAACUGUUGUUGGAGCCUGUGAAAACCAAUGUGCAGUGUGAUAGUGUAUAUCUAGGGGUUGUCACAAAGCUAGUCCCACACAUGGGUGGUGCAUUUGUAAAUAUUGGCAGCCCAAGGCCAUCAUUCAUGGAUAUAAGGCCUAAUAGAGAACCAUUUAUAUUACCUUCAUUUCAUGGUCGGGAAAGAGAGGGAAAUGGCUCCAUAAUUGAUAAACCUGGAGAGCAGAUGGAUUUUCCUGAAAGUGGAACUUUCUCUAGUAGAGUCGAAGAAGCAGAUGAGGUGGAGGAUGACCAAAACGAAGAUGAAUUCAUCAAUGAUGAGUUUGAAAGUCAUGAGAACAGUCUUCAUUUUGAUGUUUUAGAAGUUAUUAAGGAAAAUGUAAAUGGUAGCCUUGUCAGACAUGAAUGUGAGGAUGAGACACAGGGACUCUUGCAACAGCUAAAUGGAGAUAUGAACCAGCUGCAGACUAAAAGCGACCAGGAGGCCGGCACUGAGGUUAUAGGCACAGAAGAAAGUAAAUGGGCACAAGUUAAAAAGGGAUGUAAGAUAAUUGUACAAGUUGUUAAGGAAGGAUUGGGUACAAAAGGCCCCACAUUGACUGCUUAUCCAAAGCUGAGAAGCAGAUUCUGGAUACUGCUCACCCGAUGCAACACAAUAGGAAUUUCAAAGAAAAUCUCUGGUGUUGAGCGUACACGAUUACGGGUUAUAGCAAAAACUUUACAGCCUCCUGGAUUUGGGCUCACUGUGAGGACAGUUGCCUCUGGUCAUUCAUUAGGGGACUUGCAGAAAGAUUUGGAAGGGCUGCUAUCAACUUGGAAAGGCAUAGUGGAUCAUGCAAAAUCGGCGGCUCUUGCUGCAGAUGAAGGUGUUGAUGGAGCUGUUCCUGUUCUGCUGCAUAGGGCCAUGGGCCAAACACUCUCCGUUGUCCAAGAUUAUUUUAAUGAGAAGGUAAAGAGCAUGGUAGUUGAUUCUCCUCGGACAUAUCAUGAGGUUACCAACUAUCUUCAGGAGAUAGCUCCCGAUCUUUGUGACAGAAUUGAGUUAUACAGCAAAAGGACUCCCCUUUUUGAUGAAUACAAUAUUGAGGAAGAAAUCAAUAACAUUCUCAGUAAAAGGGUUCCUCUGGCUAAUGGUGGUUAUCUAGUGAUUGAACAAACGGAGGCAUUGGUCUCAAUUGAUGUAAAUGGGGGUCAUUGUGUCCUAGGCCAAGGGACUUCACAAGAGAAAGCGAUUCUUGAAGUGAACCUUGCUGCAGCCAAACAAAUUGCCAGAGAAUUAAGGCUGAGAGAUAUUGGUGGAAUAAUUGUGGUUGAUUUCAUUGAUAUGUUGGAUGAUUCAAAUAAGAGGCUGGUUUAUGAAGAAGUUAAGAAAGCCGUCGAGAGGGACAGAUCAACUGUUAAAGUCUCUGAAUUAUCUAGGCAUGGGCUCAUGGAAAUAACUCGAAAGCGGGUUCGACCUAGUGUUACAUUUAUGAUCAGUGAACCAUGCACCUGCUGUCAUGCAACUGGGAGAGUGGAAUCUUUAGAGACUUCAUUUUCCAGAAUUGAACAUGAAAUCUGUCGCCUUCUGUCAACAAUGGACCAGAAAGCGGAUCCUGAAAACCCCAAAUCUUGGCCACGAUUUAUUCUAAGGGUUGAUCGGCAUAUGUGUAACUACUUGACCUCAGGAAAGAGGACAAGACUAGCAGUUCUAAGCAGUUCUCUCAAAGUCUGGAUUCUGUUAAAGGUCGCUCGAGGGCUUACAAGAGGGACAUUUGAGCUGAAACCUUUGACAGAUGAAAACACACACAAGAACCAGUAUCAGGGUGCUGCUAUCUCAGUACUGCGACCGAAGGAGGUUGUAACUUACUCCCCCAACGGCAAAGUGACGCUCUUUCCCAUCAAAAAGUGGAAAACAGGAGGGAAAUGAUGACAUGCCUCCACUUUAAUGUUUAUAUCAUGUUUGAACUUUGGAGGCAUCUUCAUAUUCCUUUGUGUUUGUUGUCCUUUCUAUAGGACUUAUUGAGAUAUAAACUUCUCUUGCACAUUUCUCGACAAUUAAUUUUAUGCCCUUUUGAAUUUCUAUCUAA